AGCAGCCGGGCGACCCGCGCGGGGCCUCUGGGUCGCGUGGAGCCCAUUCCCAUGGCCAAGGUCCCGGAAGCAGACAUCUUGGAGCCAACGUACGAAGCUGCAGAUUUCCCACUCUUCGGAAGCAGCUACACAUUGGAGCCCAUCCGGGUGCCAGAGAGGCCCUCGUUGUUCGAGCCGCUGUCGGUUCGCACCAGCUUCUGUCUAGAGACGGGCCAGUUCCAGAGUCCGAGGUCCAUCAUUCGCACCAAGACAGCUAGUCCCGUCUGGAGUCCCAAGAAGAAGGCAGUUGUCAUUGCUGAGAAUCCGGCAACUGGACUGCGUGUCUCGCCUCCCGUCUUCCUUCAGGCCCCCGAGGACGUUUCCGUGCCUGAAGGCUUGCCCGCGACGCUGCGCGCGUUGGUGACUGGCUGUCCACCUCCGCGGCUGCGCUGGUUCAAGGACGGUCGGAGGGUGCAGGGCCCAGACCACGAAGUGGGCCAGCCGUCUGGGCCGGCCCCGUGGAGCGCUUGGCUGCGCAUUCCGGAGGCUUUUCCGGAGGACUCCGGAGUGUACGUGUGCACGGCCUCCAACCUGGUGGGCAACACGAGCGCCUGCUGCAGGCUUGCCGUCUUGGAAACCGGGAUGGUGGUGCAGCCGCCCCACACGUGGGGGCCUCCCAAUGCGAGCCCACCGACGUUCGAGCCAAUCACACAAGGCGGCGGGCUGCUGUACGAGGGCUCCGAUGCCAAGUUCCAGGUUCAGGUGCACGGAAACCCGGCACCGGAGGUGGUGUUCACACGACGGGGCAUGCCGCUGCGCAACGACCCCAGGCGGCAGGUGACCUACGACCCCGCCACGGGCCUCUGCUGUCUGAUUAUCCGCAACCUGACGGCCGAAGAUGACGGCGACUACAACUGCAGCGCCGUCAACUGCGUGGGCGAGGCUUCGCUGACGCUUACCAUUCGUGCCGCCGCAGCAGCUGUGAUGCGUGGCCAGAUGCAACAGAUGACCACAGUUCAAAGGACGCAGGUCGUGGAUUCCAGGAUGCACCUGCAAGACGGCACUUCGCCGAUCCAAUACUUUGCCGGCCAUGACCAGUCCUUCAGAGUGGACACAUUCGAGUACCGCCUGCUCCGAGAGGUCGAGUUCCGGGAUUCCUUACUGGGGCCCGAGCAGCCUGAGCCUGCCGUUCCAGGAGUGCCAAUUAGCGCGCCCCAGAUCCAGCAACGACCCCGCAACUCAAAGCUCCUCGAGGGUUCUGACGCCACCUUCACAGUUCGAAUCGCCGGAAACCCCCCGGCGAAGGUGCACUGGUUCCGUAACGGUGAGAGACUGCAAGCCUCUCAGAGGGUGACCAUGGAACAGCAAGGAUCUACGUAUAUCUUGCGCGUACACAUGGCUCUGCCGGAAGACGCCGGCUACUACACCGCCCUUGCGGAGAACUCACAGGGUCGCGUCGCCUGCUCUGCGCAUCUGGUCAUCGAAGCCAUGCCCAAGGCGGAGGAGCCGCGGCAGCCAGAUCCAGCGAGCUGCGUGACGACGGAGACGUCACGCACCCUGAAGCCCAACUUUGUAAAGAUUCCCCAAGACCAGGAGGUAACCGAGGGCAAGAUGGUUCGCUUCGAUGUCCGCGUCACGGGACGUCCCUUCCCUGAUGUCGCCUGGCUGCGAAACGGCCAGCCGGUCAACGACGACGCAACACACAAACUGCUAGUCAAUGAAGGUGGACUGCACGCACUCAUGAUCACGUCCGCAUCACGAGAGGACGCUGGCACGUGGACCUGCGUUGCCAACAACAAGAGUGGCGAGUGCCGCUUCGAGGUCCACCUGGUCGUGAUCGAGAAGGAACAAGUGGUCGCUCCCAAGUUUGUGGAGCGCUUCCAGUCCCUCAGUGUCCACGAAGGCGAAUCCGUGACGUUGCACUGUCGCGCCGUUGGCACGCCAACGCCACGCAUCACCUGGCAGAAGGAUGGCCGUCAGAUCCACUCGCAGCCACCAGAUCUCAUAAUCGAAACGCAAGAUGGAAGCUCGGCCCUGUACUUAAACCGCGCACGUGCGGAUGAUUCGGCAUGGUACCAGUGCACAGCGCAGAACCAGGCCGGUUCCACAGCAACUAGAGCACGCCUCCAUGUUAAAUCCGAGCCCAAGACGCACAGCGAGCCAUGGAAGCUGCACCUGCCCAAGCCUAGCAAAGUCAUUCAGCCCGAGCGAUCGCCACCCAGAGAGACAAUCUGGUUGCGUCACGUAGAGCGCGCCUAUCAACCGAUCCGAAGCCAAGACGACGAGCGAGCACCACAGAAGCCAGCAUUCACGACGCAUCUGCAGAACCUAAUGUUACAUGAAGGUGAACGUGGCCACUUGGAUGCCAGGUUGAUUCCCAUUGGAGAUGAGACCAUGGUUAUCGAGUGGUUCUGCAAUGGACGGGCCAUCGAAGCUAGUUCCCGAGUCAUGACCACGUACCGGUUUGGAUAUGUGGCACUGACCCUCUUGCACGUCUAUCCUGAGGAUUCUGGAGUUUACGUGUGCCGUGCCACCAACGAAGCCGGAGAGGCCACUACCACGGCAACACUGAGAUGCACUGCACAACCGGCAAUCGAGCGUAGGCCAAUUCAAGAAGACAGUGUCAAAGCCAUCCAGGAACUCGAAGAUAUGGAGAAAUACUCGCGUCAUCUCUCCAUCGAUGAGACUGCUUCUUUGACUAAACCCUGUUUCAUCCGGCCAUUGAGUAACAAAGAUAACCUUCUUGAAGGUGGAAACUGUCAUUUUGAGGCUCAACUGACACCUGUUAACGAUCCUACCAUGAAAGUGGAAUGGUUCUUAAACGGCCAGCCGCUGACCACAGGCUCUCGCAUUAACUGCACUUUCAGCUUUGGCUACGUUGCCCUGAAUAUCAUGUCUCUCCGGUGUGAGGAUUCCGGGGUGUACAUGUGCAGGGCCACGAACGCCAAGGGUGACGCUGUUUCUACAGCUACAUUGAGAGUCAAAGCGCAAGGCCUCGUGACAGGAGAUCUUGGCAUUCCGGAACAAGAAGCCUACAUUAGGAGAACUCAAGAACUCGAGGCCUACCAACAAAGCCUGCACGCCCAAAAGGAAAUAUUUUUUGAGCCAGUUUCUACUGAGAAGCCCAAUUUCAAAACCGGAUUGAGAGAUCAGUUGAACGUCAAAGAAAACAGCACUGUGCACUUCGAGGCCCGUCUAGAGCCCACAGGAGAUUCGUCGAUGCGCGUUGAAUGGUUUAAGGACGGCCGAGCCUUAGAAGCAAGUUCACGAACGACGACAUUUUUUAACUUUGGCUACGUGUCGCUAACGAUCCGAGGUGUCGACUCCCGUGACUCCGGCGUCUACACUUGCAAAGCAACCAAUUCAGUUGGAACGGCUUCCACAGAAGCCCGUCUUGUUUGUCUUUCUCAAGCGGCCGUAGUCAGAGAAACGCAGCACCCAGAUGGACUGCAGAAAAUACAGCAUCUGGAAGACUCCUCGCACUACCAGCGUUCCCAGAUGGAAGAGGUGUCCAUUACGCAAGCGCCCAAGUUCACUCAGCCCCUGCAAGGACCUACGACCAUGUCGGAAAACCAAAGUUGCCACUUUGAAACCAGACUGGAGCCCAUGGGAGACGCCGACAUGAAGGUGGAAUGGUUCCACAAUGGUCGACCGCUUGCAACUGGGCACCGUUUCAAAACAUAUUUUGAUUUUGGAUAUGUUGCCUUGGAUAUCCUUUAUACAUUCCCCGAAGACACCGGCGUUUUUGAGGUCCGCGCAACGAACCGCCUGGGUACAGAUGUGCUCAGGAAGGAGGUCACUGUUCAGUCAAAGGCCGCGGUUGACACAAGUACAAUCCACGAGAUGGGGAUGGACAAAAUUGAGUACUUGGAACGCUCUGGGGUGGAUCACAGCGGUUAUCAUAUCGAGGAAGUUUCACGCACAAAGCCGUACUUCAAGGUACCGCUCAAAGACCCCAAAGGUCCCCUACGCGAGGGCGAGUCCGUCAUCAUGGAAUGCGCCAUCGAACCUGUACAAGAUCCCACCAUGAAAGUGGAAUGGUUUUUUAAUGGUCGCCCACUCCCCACCGGCCAUAGAUUUAUCACUAGGUACGACUUCGGACGAGCAUACCUACAGAUUUUGAACCUGGUAGCAGAAGACACUGGACAGUACACGCUUCGCGCCACGAAUCAUCUUGGAUCUGCGCACUCUACUUCGUGCAUCAAAGUCAUUGGCCGGUCUGGCGUUAUCACAGAAUCCCAGUACCCCGAAGGCUGGGAAAAGAUCCAGCACCUAGAAGACCACUCGCGAUACUCCCGUCAAGAGCACGAGGAAAGCGUAAUCACGCAGAAGCCAACCUUCAGCCGUCCUCUGCACAACGUGGAAACCGUGGAAGGGGCCAACGUGCACCUGGAGUGUCGCCUGCAGCCGGUCGGGGAUCCCACCAUGCGGGUCGAGUGGUACCGCAACAGCGUGCCCAUCAAAGUUGGCCACCGAUUUAGGCCAGCUCAUGACUUUGACUACGUUGCCUUGGACAUUCUGAGUUUCUAUCCGGAGGAUUCAGGGAUCUACACGUGCAAAGCUACAAGUUCCCUCGGAGAAAAUGUGACCUCUUGCAGCGUCAACUGCUUUGCCAAGUCCCAGUUGAUUCUCGAGUCUCAGCAUCCAGAAGGACUACAAAAGAUACAGCAACUAGAAGACCAAUCCCGGUAUCGUCGCGACACCUUUGAGGAGACGACUGUGAAGACCAAGCCAAGUUUUACAUCCAAUAUGACGGCCCUGAGCCUCCGCGAGGGACAGAACGCUCACCUUGAGUGCAGGCUGGAGCCCGUGAACGACGCAGAUCUCAGGGUGGAAUGGUACCGCAACGGCGUGUCGCUGCCCAUCGGUCAUAGGUACCGGCCCUUCCACGACUUUGGAUAUGUGGCACUCAACAUUCUGUCUCUGGUACCAGAAGAUUCUGGAACAUAUACCGUGCGAGCCACAAACUCCCUUGGCAAGGCAGAGCUGUCCACAACUGUCCUCGUCGAAGGAAAAUCAUCAAUCGACACAGACACGCAGCACCCAGAAGGGCUGCAGAAAAUUCAAGCACUAGAGGGUCACCGACAGGAGAGAGACACAGGGGACCUUGACCAAUCGGUAACGACAGCGCCAGUCUUCACCUCAGCUCCCAAGUCUAUCGUGGUUGAGGAAGGACAAAAGGCACACCUUGAAUGUCGUCUCAUACCCGUGGGAGACCCUAAACUCAAGGUUGAGUGGUUCAGGAACGGUCAGCCAGUGCCGGCGGGAUCUCGCUUUGUAGAGAUGUGCAACUUUGGAUUUGUGUCCCUGGAUAUCUUGGCAACGUACGCCGAGGACUCGGGAACUUAUACCUGCAAGGCUACUAACCAACUUGGUGAAGCCGUCGUAUCCGCCCAACUCAAGUGUGCUGCUCAAAAGUCUCUCAUACUCGAGACACAAAACCAAGAAGCCUACGACAAGAUUCAACAAUUAGAGGCGUACGGACAACAACCCAAGCCUGCCUUUGUAGAAGAGUUGACCACACAGGCGCCUGUAUUUACUCAGCCUAUGAAUAAUCUCAAUCUCAAGGAAAACCAGAGCGCCCACUUCGAGUGCAAGCUAAUUCCAGUUGGAGACCCUAACCUCCGCGUCGAGUGGUUCCACAACGGACUUCCUCUUCAGAAAGCGUCCCGAGUGAAUACCAUUCACGACUUUGGAUUCGUGGCCCUUGACCUGUCGUAUGUGAAACCAGAAGAUUCUGGAACCUACACCUGCAAGGCAACGAACUCGUUAGGCCAGGCAGUUUGUACGGCAACUCUUAAUGUUCAAGGUUCGAAGUCUCUGGUGCUCGAUACACAACACCCAGAAGGUUUGCAGAAGAUUCAGCAGCUAGAAGAACUUGGUCGCUACAAGGAAGAAGUCACACACGAGGCUCCUUGCACAUCAGCCCCCAUGUUCCUUACACCGCUCCAAGGUCCGAACCGACUUUCCGAAGGUCAAAGUGCGCACUUAGAGUGCCGCAUCGCACCUUAUCCGGACGCCACCAUGAAGGUUCAGUGGUUCCACAACGGCGUGGAGCUGCAGACCGGUCACCGGUUCCGUACGAUCUAUGACUUCGGCUUCUGCGCACUGGACAUCUUGACUGCAAACGCCGAACACUCCGGAGAGUAUGUGGUUCAAGCUACUAACGCACUGGGUACAGCCAGGUCCACAGCCCAUAUCCACGUCGAUGCCAAAGGAGGCGUCAUCAUCGAAAGUCAGCAGCCAGAUGCUCUGCCGAAAAUCCGUGAGCUAGAAGAAUCAUGCGGGUAUAUCCGGCCGGUGCAAGAAGAAACUAUAAUCAAGGACAAGCCAAACUUUGUGCGGGGUCUCUAUAACUUGGAUGCUAUUCAAGAAGGCCAAAGCGCUCACCUCGAAGCCACUGUAACACCGACGAACGAUGCCAAUAUGAAAAUUCAGUGGUUCCACAACGGUGUCGAGAUUCCUCUCGGUCACAGGUUCAAGACUGUCUCUGACUUUGGCUUCGUGGCUUUGGAUAUUCUAUAUGCAUACCCCGAGGACUCUGGCACGUACAUGUGCAAGGCAACAAAUAAGCUCGGAGAAGCUGUCACCACGUGUUCCAUUCAGGUCUUAGGAAAGUCUGCUAUUGUUACGGACACACUUCACGAAAAGGGACUCGAGAAGAUCCGCCAGCUGGAAGAAUAUCGGGCGCCUGAGAAAGCUGAGCAAGUGAUUCAGCUGCAAAGACCAGUGUUCACAGUUCCCCUGAACUCAGUCGAUGGCCUUGUGGAAGGGCAGAGCGCACACCUUGAGUGCCGACUUGAGCCAAUCAAUGACCCUGACCUCAAGGUUCAGUGGUUUUUCAAUGGUGUCGAGAUCACACCAGGGCAUCGUUUCCGCACAACGCACGACUUUGGGUAUGUGGCACUUGAUGCCUUGUAUGUGUACGCCGAAGAUUCUGGCACGUACAUGUGCAAAGCAACCAAUAAGCUCGGCGAAGCGGUUACAACAUGCAACGUUAGAGCUCAGGCCAAGCAGAAAAUCUAUUAUGACACACAUCACCCUGAAGGUCUUGAAAAAAUCAGGGAAUUAGAAAGCCAGGUCAAAUAUCAGGCUGUUGAAAUUCAAGAGAAGCCAAUAUCCAAGCCUGUGUUCAUAACUGAACUGCGAGGCUCACAAGAACUUUCCGAGGGUGAUAACGGUCAUUUGGAAUGCCGUGUGGAACCAGCCCACGAUCCCAAACUCAAGAUUGAAAUCCUGCAUAACGGAAGACCGUUGACAGCAGCUACUCGAGUGCACAUAACAAGCGACUUCGGAUACGUGGCAAUAGACCUGAGUCACGCCAUCCCAGAGGACUCCGGCACUUACACUGUCCGAGCAACCAACGAUCUCGGAACUGCUGAGACAACCGCUACCCUUCGUGUCCUGCCUAAAUCAGGAAUCAUUUCCGAUACGCAGCACCCAGAAGGCCUUGCCAAGAUCCGACAGAUGGAAGAUGAAGCUCGGUUUAAGCCCGAGGUUAUCCAGGAACCAGUUACCUUCCAGAGGCCAGUCUUUACAGUUCCCCUGAACAACCUUGAUAACCUUGUUGAGGACCAGCGAAAUGUUCAUCUCGAGUGCAGACUCAUUCCUGUGGGUGAUCCGACCCUAAAGGUGGAGUGGUUCUUCAAUGAUACUCCGCUGAUGGAAGGAACCCGGUUCCACCCUGUUCACGAUUUCGGCUACGUUGCUCUGGAUAUGGACUACGUGCGACCCGAGGAUACCGGUGUCUACACAUGCAGGGCGACCAAUUCCUUGGGUCAAGCUGUUACAACCUGCAUGCUCAAAAUAAGACCAAAGGCCUCCAUCCUGCGGGACUCCCUGCAGCCGCAAGGCUACGAAAAGAUUCGCCAAAUGGAGGACUUGAAGGGCCAGAAAGCCCCAGAGAAACCCGAUACUGUUUACGAAAAGCCUGUCUUUACGAGUCACCUGGUGGGUCCCGGAGAAAUUAAUGAAGGUCAGCCAGCACGAUUGGAGUGCCGUUGUGUCCCCGUUGGAGACCCCGAUCUCAAGUUCCACUGGUACGUCAACGGUGUGGAGCUUCCCAAAGGUUCAAGACUGCUUGCGAAUCAAGACUUUGGAUUCGUGACACUAGACAUCGUGUCCGGAAUUGCGGAGGACUCUGGUGUCUACAUGUGCAAGGCUGUCAACAAAGCGGGAGAGGCUGUCACUUCUACGUCGCUCCGGGUGAAAGGUCGAGCCGGGGUCCUUCUGGAUUCACAUCAUCCAGAGGCUUACAAACAGACACAGAAGUUUGAGUAUGACUCCAGCCGCAUUCCAGAAACCUGGAGUCAGGAAAAACCCAAAGUUCAUCCAGUGUUUGUGCAGCAUCUUAACAACAUCGAAGGUGCUGUGGAAGGUCACUACAUCCGAAUCGAGGGCAGGAUUGAGCCUACCAACGAUGAGAAGCUGAAGGUCACGUGGUUUAAGAAUGGAAAGACCCUGGUUAUGGGUACCAGAAUCAAGCCAACAUACGACUUUGGUUUGGUUUCGCUGGACAUUUCGAGCGCCAGGCCAGAUGAUUCUGGCAUCUACACCUGCAAGGCAACCAACGAAGUUGGCGAAGCCAUCUCGACAUGCACCAUCAAAGUCGAAGGUCGGGAAAAUAUUAUUCUCACUUCGCAACAUCCUGAUGCCCUUCCUAAACUACGACAACUGGAGGAAUAUGUGCGACCAGACACGUCAGUGCCAGAGCCAGACUACGAAGGGCCAGUGUUUGUCACCCAUCUCAACAACUUGGAAAUACGUGAAGGAGCGCCAGCCCAUCUUGAGUGUCGCGUUGAGCCCUCUAAGGACCCAACACUUAAGGUCGAGUUCCUCAAGAACAACAAGCCAUUACCAGCCGGAACCAAGUACAAUGUCAACAAUGACUUCGGAUUUGUCACGCUGGACAUCGGGCACACCUUCCCAGACGACUCUGGCAUCUACACCUGUCGGGCACGCAACGCAAAAGGCGAAGCAGUUACCACGGGCUCUGUCAAAGUUCAAGGGAAAAGCGGGGUGCUUUUGGACACCCUUCAUCCAAUGGGCCAGCAGGGACUCUCUAAAGUCCAAGAGCUGGAAACGGCUUACAUGUCAAGAUAUGAGCCACCUUCUGAAGAAGCCGAGAAGGUCUUCCCCCGUCCCGUGUUCGUGGUUCCUCUUGAGCCUAACUUCUCCGUGCAAGAAGGCAGUCCUCUAGCUCUCGAGUGCAAAGUGGAGCCUGCAGCGGACCCCAAACUCAAGGUUGAAUGGUUCCUCAAUGGCAAGCCACUGGCUCCCGGAUCAAGGUACACCGUGAGCCACGAUUUCGGCUUUGUCGUGCUGGCUUUGACCGAUUUCUGGGGAAGAGACGCUGGGGUGUAUACUUGUCGAGCGAGCAACGACGCUGGAGAAGCCUUCACCACCACGACUAUCACGUGUCUUAGCAAAAGGGGUGUCCAGGAAGACACCCUACAUCCGGAGGGUCGCAAGGGCCUGGAGUCAAUCCAGAAUCUGGAAGACUCCCUCACGAGGGCUCCUGAAGUUCCUCAAGAAGACACUACCGGCCAGCCGCCGGUGUUCACGUCACAAUUUGUCAACCUAAAGGACCUCAACGAAGGUGAUAUCGCUCACUUCGAGGCAACGUUGACGCCGGUCGGAGAUCAGACGAUGCAAGUGGAGUGGUUCUUCAGGGGAAAACCCCUCAAGGCUGGACAUCGCAUCAGGACGGUACAUGCCUUCGGGAUGGUAGUGCUCGAGAUCCUAGGUGCCGUUGUGGAAGACUCUGGGCGAUACACGUGUCGGGCCACCAACAAAUGGGGCAAGGCCGAGGUGACAGUUGACUUGGAAUGCACUGACAAGACCAAGGGCCAGCGACCACAGUUCACGACACAGCUGCAGAACCUGGUCGGGUUAAAGGAAGGAAACAGUGCUCAUAUGGAGUGCCAUCUAAUUCCCGUCGGAGACCCUGACAUGAAAGUAGAAUGGUACAGGAACUCCCAACCACUUCGGGAUAGUUCACGCAUCAAAACGCUCAGCGACUUUGGUUAUGUUGUGAUGGACAUCUCCUUCGUGCACGCCGAAGAUUCCGGUGAUUACGUAUGUGUGGCAACCAACAAGUAUGGCUCUGACGCCACGAAGUGUACCAUCCAAUGCGAGGGCACAGGAAAGAUCUUCAGGGAGUCACUGCAACCCCAAUCGCUUGACAAAAUUGCAGAACUUGAAGGCCACGCUGCUCAAACCAGGACUCACACUGUGAUGGAGGCAACGCGGCUGCAGCCACCAAAGUUCGUGACGCAACUGAACAGUAUCACCAAUCUGUCAGAAGGACAGAGUGCCCACUUCGAGUGCCAAUUGGUGCCCGUGAAUGAUCCCGACUUGACAGUGGAAUGGUAUUUCAACGGACAACUUCUGCGGUCAGGUCAUCGGUUCCGCACGUUCCAUGAUUUCGGCAUUGUCAUCCUGGACAUUCUUUACUGCUAUGGAGAAGACUCUGGCGAAUGGGUCUGUAAGGCAACAAACAAGCUCGGGUCCGACGUCACGCGAGCCACGAUUGCAUGCAAAUCCAAGAGCUCUUUGAUUUUGACACCUCAACUACCACCGGAAAUGGCAUCCGGGACACAGAGCAUCAUCGCUCUGGAAGAAAGCCUCUACAGAACAUCCGCAGCCAUGGAGCCUGAGGUUCACGCUGAAGCUCCUCGCUUCACAGUUCCUCUCAGUAACGUUGACGAUCUGAGAGAAGGCGAUAAUGCUCACCUGGAGGCACGACUGACGCCAACAGAUGAUCCUGACUUGACUGUGGAAUGGUUCAAAAACAACAUGCCACUUAUGUCAGGAACAAGGAUACGGACCAUCAACGAUUUCGGAUUUGUGGUGUUGGAGAUGAGUCCUGUAUACCCUGAGGAUUCUGGAGUAUACUCCUGCCGCGCAAGGAACCGAUUUGGAGAGGCUGUCACAACGUGCACCCUGAAAUGCCAAGGAAAACGCAGUAUCAUUUUGGAAACUCAACUGCCUGAAUCAAUGACAACUGGUAUUGAAAAGCUCGCCAAGUUCGAGGAGGUUUCUUCAGCCAGAAUUGGGGAGACCUGGAGUGACAAAGAAAUCUCUCAGCCACCCAAAUUCGUGACCACACCCACAGAUCUCACACUAGGAGAAAACUCUCUUGCUCAUUUUGAGUGCAGAUUGACCCCUGUUGGAGACCCAACUCUAAGAGUUGACUGGUAUCAUAACGGCCGACCUCUUGUCACUGGCUCCCGAGUGAAGACGAUCAGCGAUUUUGGCUACGUGAUACUUGAGGUUGCCGGUGUCUACCCACGUGACUCCGGUGUUUACACCUGCAGAGCUGUAAACAAGGCUGGAGAAGCUUCGGUGUCCUGCAAGCUGGACGUGAAAGGAAAGCACUCAAUCGUCAUGGAGCCGCAGCUGCCGCACGAAUUUCGAUCCGGUUAUGAAAGUAUUCAGAAGCUGGAGGAAUCGAUGUAUAGGACGGAGGAUAAAAUCUUCGACGAUGACAAGAAGGAGCCGCCAAAGUUCCUGACACAGAUCCAGUCCCUCCUUGACAAGGUGGAAGGCGACAGCGCUCACUUUGAAUGCAAACUUGUCCCAGUCGGAGAUCCCAACAUGAAAGUGGAAUGGUUCCUCAACGGCCGCCCUCUGGUCACAGGCACUCGCGUGCACACCAUCGACGACUUCGGGUUUGUGGUACUCGACAUCGACUGGCUCUUCCCUCGUGACUCGGGAGAGUUCAUGUGCCGGGCUACGAAUCGCUGGGGCUCAGACACUACCAAGGCAACGCUCAAGAUAAAAGCCAAGAAGGAUAUUAUCAUGGAUAGUCAGCUGCCAGAAGGAAUGAGUAUGGACAAGCUCCGUGAUCUGGAAUAUCCGGUUGUACAUGAGCAACCUCAGAAAGAUGAAGAAGUGGUAAUGCCGAGAUUCAUAACCCAAAUUCAACCACAAGAAAACCUUAACGAGGGUGACUCUGCACAUUUCGAGUGCCGUUUAGAACCUGUCAACGACCCAAAGUUGAGGGUCGAGUGGUACCAUAAUGGACAACCCUUGCGAUCAGGACAUCGGUUCAAAACCACUCAUGAUUUCGGAUUCGUCGCCUUGGACGUCCUGUACGUGUACCCUGAGGACUCUGGGACGUACGUUGCUCGUGCUGUCAACGACGUUGGCGAGGACAACACUCAGGCAACGCUCAAGUGCAUCGGAAAACCGAGGCUGGACUACAGAACUCAACUGCCAAAGGAUAUGAAGGAUGGUGUACGAAAGAUUGCUGAGAUGGAAGCUUCCUGGCAGCGCACGGAGUCACAAGAGGAAGUUCCGGAAGAACAGUGUGCUCCCCAGUUCAUCAUGAAACCUGAACCUCAAACUGUGGUGGAGGGAGAGUGGGCCAAAUUCCAGUGCAGAGUCAUGGGCCACCCGAAGCCAAGACUUAUCUGGGUCCUGAACGGGCACACAGUUAUAUCUGGUUCAAGGUAUAAGCUGACCUACGACGGCAUCUACCAUCUCGACAUACCCAAGAGCAGACAGUACGACCAGGGCAAGGUUGAGGUAUUUGCAAGAAACUUCUGCGGAGAGGCCUAUUGCUUUACAACCCUUGAAGUUCGGCCCAAGCAUGACGACUACCGAGCUGUUCUAAAGCACUCUCCUAGGCCCUGGUACGACCAAGACGUAAAGUCAUACCAGAAGUACCGCCAUGAGACCGAACUGCAGAGGGUAUUCGAGGAGAAACUCACGCCAGGCGGCACCAAAAUUGAUGUCUGGAAAACUGAAGCAAGUACUGAGGGAGAACACCAAAAGAUAAAGCAGCGUCUCGAAGAGGAAGAGCUGGAAAAACUGAAGCCCAAAGUAGAACGAUUCAAGACGGACUCCAUUUAUUACGAUGCCAGAACUGGGGAGAAGAAAGUGGAGACUGGAAGCCAGGCGCAAUACAUGGCCAAGUACUUCGAAACUGAAGCGGAAAAGCAGCAGCGCAUCGGCACUGCUCCGGAAUCCAUGGUACAAGGUCGGGAGGUGCACGUGACGACUCAGAAACAGACCCAAAAAGAACAGCAGGGAGACUUGGAGAUCACCCGGAAAAAGACGCUCACCGAAACUCUCGAACAGGAACACAAGGGAGUUACAAAGGAGAAGCGCGUUCAGGGUCCCGUGCAAGAAUCCAAGGCUCCGGUGUUCACCAAGAAAAUCCAGCCCUGCAGGGUUGAUGAAGGACAGGGAGCCAAGUUUCAGUGCACAUUCACGGGCCAGCCUUCUCCCAAAAUUACUUGGUUCAGGGAGAACUUCCCCAUCCAGCCAUCUCAAGACUUCCAAAUUGUGACGACGGAUACCACGUCCACCCUGAUUAUCCGAGAGGUUUAUCUGGAGGAUUCCGGAGUGUUCUCCGUGAAAGCCGAAAACCGCGGAGGAUCUGCUAAGUCGUCGGCCAACCUCGUCGUUGAAGAACGUCGUGAGCAGCGUAGUGGAGUGGCACCACCCAACUUCACGAAGACCAUCCAGGACGUGUCAGUGAAAGCUGGAAAGUUGGUUCGUCUGGACGCCAAGGUGUCAGGAUCCAAGCCAUUUGAUGUUUACUGGCUCAAGAACGGUAAGAAGGUGACUCCGGAUGUCUCUCAUAAGAUCAUCGAGGAAGAGAACCAGUACACCUUGCUUAUCCUGGAAGCGCAAGUCGAAUCUGAUUCCGGCAGUUACGAGUGUGUGGCGAUCAAUUCUGCUGGAGAAGCCCGCUGUCAAGCUCACGUAUUAGUAGAAGGUGCCAAACCAAAGACACCACCGACAAGCCCUAAAGAUGCACCCGGAGGAGAUGCCAAGCCGCCAACUGUCACGGAGCCCCUGAAACCACUUGCCGUCAAGGAGGGACAGAGCGCCGUGUUUCGGUGCAAAAUUCCAGCCGUACCAGGAGCUCAAGUGAAGUGGUACAGAGGAGACCAACUAGUCAAGCAAUCCCGAUACUUCAGGAUGUCACAGGAGAAUAAUUUGUUUACCCUCAAGAUCUCCGAGGCUUUCCCCGAAGACGAAGGAGAAUACAAAUGUGUCGCCACAAAUCCAGCAGGAACCGUUUCCACAAGUGCCAAUCUCAAAGUCAUCGUGCCUGAGCUGAACGAAGUGCCUCCGUCGGUGACUCCCCUGGCCGACCUGACUGUGCCUGAAGGAUCGCCAGCUCGAUUUGUAACAUCCCUGGGUGGGGUGCCGCCUCCCAAGGUCAUCUGGGUCCGGGAGGGACACGUCAUCAAGCAGUCCCGCGACUUCCAGAUGACCCAGGAUCAGGGGUCAGCAUCCCUGGUCAUCAGGCAUACUUAUCCCGAGGACGAAGGCGUCUACACCUGCCGUGCUACCAACGCUUCCGGUCAAGCCGAGACCUCAGCCCGACUUACCGUGCAACGCAAGAUGCCCUCGCAGGAGCAAGCCCGUGCCAUGGGCCCACAAGGGAGGGCGCCAGAGAUCACCAAGCAACCCGAGUCGCGUUCUGCCAAGCCUGGGCAUCGAGUGACCUUCGAGGCCAGUGCAACAGGCUCGCCUGCUCCUGACAUCCUGUGGUACAAAGACGGUCGCCCAGUGAGUUCUGGCGACGGGGACGUGGUUAUCACCACGACCACUCAAGAAGAAGUCACUACCACCACCCUCACCAUAAACCGAGUGACUGUGGAAGAUGCUGGGAGGUACAUCUGUGUUGCCAGAAACUGCUGGGGCCGAGCAGACAGCACCAGGGCCAUUUUAGAAGUUAAAGGCGGUAAAGAACCUCCACGGUUCAUUGAGCUCUUAGAGCCCGUUGCAGCUACAGACGGGUCCACCGUGGUUUUACGCUGCGUCGUUGUUGGCUCUCAGCCUAUACAGGUGAAGUGGUUCCAGAACAGGCGCGACGUGAAGAAUGCACAGGACUUCCAGAUGCAUUACGACGCUCAAAGUGGCUCGGUGACUCUGACCAUCACGGAAAUAUAUCCCGAUGACCAAGGACUCUACACGUGCAAAGCAUUCAACGAGUACGGGCAGGACGAGACUUCUGCGCCUGUUACCGUGACGGAUCUCGAGCUGCUGGGUGGGGUGUCCGAUGUCUCCGUGCAGCCUCGCUUCGUACGCCCCUUGCGACCCAUGGUUUUCCCUGAAGGCGAGCCUGCAAGAUUGAGCGUGGAGGUUCAUGCUGUGCCUAAUCCAGACUUUCACUGGUACUUCGAAGGAAAAGUUCUCAAGUCAUCGCGCGACUUCCUGGUGACAUCGGAAGGACUUAAAAGUUCACUCGUCAUUGCCGAACUGUUUCCCGAAGACUCUGGCCCUUACGAAUGCAGGGCUCAAAAUACAGCGGGACGGGCGACGACUUCGGCCAACCUUCGUGUGCUGCAGGAGCAGUCACUGCCGACAUCGCCAGUCACGAAAGUAGGCCCUUACGUAGAGACCAAGGAGUUUGGGCCAGAUAUGUUUCCGGAAGAAGCCACGCAGCUCAGACCGCCGACUUUCAUCAGAACGUUGGUUUCACAAACGGUCCCAGAAGGAUCCCCGGUGACGUUUGUCGGAGAAGUGACCUCUUUCCCAGAUGUGGUAUCUUUCACCUGGUACCUCAAUGGAAAGGCAAUAAAGUCUUCACGGGACUUCCAGAUCUACAAUGAAGGCAAUCGGACCACCCUUAAAAUUAGCGAGGUUUUCACCGAUGACGCCGGAACGUUCUCGGUCACGGCCGAAAAUCCAGUUGGCAUUGCAAGCUCCAAAGCGAAGCUCAUCGUAGAAGCGGAGCCCAGUGAUGGGGAAGCCAUGGAGGCACCACGGUUCCUAACAGAACUCGCCCCCGUGACUGUGAUGGACGGCGGCGAAGCCAAGCUUUCUGUCUACGUUACUGGGAAACCACAGCCACGAGUUACCUGGGUGCACAACGACCGAGAAGUCAAAGAAAAUUCUGACGUCUGGACAACGCAAAGGACAGAUGGCUACUGCGAGCUGUUCAUUUCGGAGGCGUUCCCCGAGGACAUGGGCGAGUAUAUCUGUAAGGCGGUCAAUGUGGCUGGAACGGCAACCACCCGAGCCCACGUUCACGUAGAAGCCUAUGAGUAUGUCCCCGACUCUGAAGUGGCCUCAGCAACCUACGAUACACCCGGCGCAGCCCAUACUCACGACCACACUCAGGACGACUCUUACAACACCCUGGAUACUAUGCCAAGUGUGUCUGAAAUGGAUGAGUCGGACAUGGAGAAGAUACCCGAUCUCCCAAGGGACGAUGGGCGACCACCACGAAUACCAACUGACAAGCACAAACCGAGGAAAUCGACACACAAGCGCCGGAAAAAGAAAACAUCUCGCGACUCGACAACCGUUCCGCCGGAAGCUAUACCACGCUGUUACUCGCCCGUUCAGCCUUGGGAGCGGGGACGUCGAAAAACGUCCGACCCAGGAACGGCGCCUCUUGUGGUUGUGCCCUUAGAAGACGUCAUCGUGCCGUUGGGUCAGCCGGCCACGUUGGACUGCAAGGCUGUUGGAAUGCCCAAGCCAAAGAUAACCUGGUAUCGGGACGGCAUACCCAUCAAGCACUCGCCAGAAUACCACAUCUACUACGACACCCAGGGAGUAACGUCGCUCACCAUAGCCCACACAGAGCAAGACGAUUUUGCUGAAUAUGUUGUAGAAGCGAAGAACCGCUACGGAAUAGAUACAACACGUGCAGAGUUGAUUCAACUGGAUCUAAAUUCAAUGAGACCCAUGAGGAGAAUUCCGAAGUCCGAUCACCGACUCAGCCUGGAUUUCAAAAGCAUGCGGCCACGGUUUGAGGUUCCACUCCAGGGCACAUACUGCAAACCCCUGGGUUUCCCGGUGACGCUCGAGUGCACAGUGAGGGGCCGACCCAAACCCACGGUCACGUGGUACCACAACGGCCUCCUCAUUGAGCCGAGCCCCGUGUACAAGGUCACCCUCCUCAGCGACAAAUCCAUGCUUCACAUCACAGAAAUGAUGCCUGCCACUCAGGGUCACUACGUGUGCAAGGCUGUCAAUGAUGCUGGCGAGAAGGUCACGGAAUGCUACCUUCACGCUGGAGAACCUGAGGAGCACAAACCAGAAGAUGACCAAUCGGUUCCAGAGGAGCCAAAGCAAUACAAGGUUCCUGGAUUUCUCCAAACGAAGCCCUCUAGGAGGAAGUACUCCGAUGAUGAUUAUCAGAGCUUAGAAUCAGAGUCGGAGCUCAGUUUCAAGGAAACUAUUGCACCGCAGAUCCGCAAGAUAUCCAGGCCGCCUAAAGAAUCUCCUCCUCCAGAGAAAACCGAAAAAACAGCGAAGGAAGCGGCUAUAGAAUUUCUUACAACUGUUCUAAGGCCAACUUGGCCAUUUACCUUAUUUGGAUCUACGUCUCCAAAGCCUGAGUCGGUGUCGACUGAUGCAGACCAAAGUGAACUUGACCGACCCUCAGACACUGAACCCAGUGGACUUUCAAAGCCACCAAGACGAGAGCCAGGCUGGCCCACAAGACCAUCCGACACUGACCAGGCAUUCCCGAUAACCCAAGAAGCAACUCAACCUGAAAGACCUCGUGGAAAAGAGCCUCUUCGGGGACGGGAAGCCACGCAACCUGAAACAAUUCCUCCAUGGCGUCCGGACAGCAGGAUUCCGAAAAGCGGAGAAGUUCAACCAGAACAACCUCUUGAACCUGAAGGACUUGUACCUCCUCGCAAAGGUGCCCGCAAACCUCCGACAGGACGAAAAACGCCGACCCCCACUUCAGAUACGUCUGAGAGAGCACCCAUAACCGACGAGUUCGUCAAGUGGAAACCAGGACGGAGAAGAACAUCGGAACCCGGAAUGCCACCCAAGUUUUUGGCACCCAUGGAAGACGUGGAGGUCAUUGCGGGCUAUCCUGCAACUCUUGACUGUCGGGCAGUUGGAGUUCCAAAGCCCAAAAUCACGUGGUACAAGCAGGGACAACCCGUAAAAUACUCUCCAGAAUGCAGUCUUUACUAUGACACAGAAGGAAACUGCUCGCUCACAAUUCACAGGACUACACCCGAAGACUUUGGGGACUUCUUGUGCGAGGCCAAAAAUAAGUAUGGUGUGGAGGUCACUGAAGCUGAACUGGUUCAGAUAGAUAUGAAAUCUAUGCUCCCUAUGCGAAAGACACCGAAAAGGGACAACAAGCUCAGUCUUGAGUUUGUGCCAAUGAAGCCGCGGUUUGAGCUACCACUUGUCGGGGAAGUGCGGCAGCGCCUAGGCAUGCCAGUGACUCUUGAGUGUGUGGCGAGAGGGCGACCGCAGCCCGAGGUGAAGUGGUACCACGAGGACAUCCUCAUACGCCCUGAAGACUCCGGAGGCCGUACAUACAAUGUUACUAUUCUGAACGACAAGACAAUGCUUCAUAUUCUGGAGGUCAAUGAAAGCACAAAAGGAUUGUACAUCUGCAAGGCUACCAAUGAGGCUGGAGAAAGAACAACUGAAUGUCUUAUCACGAUCGGAGAACCUUUGGAAGCAAAAGCACCAAAGCAGCCGUUUCCUACUGAACCCACAGAAGGAACAUCGACUGAGGACACUGUUUUCCUGCUACCAUCUCGGCCUGAUAAAUACCGAGUCAAGACACCAGAUAAAAUGAGCGGAACUGAAGACGACUUUGUAGUGGUGGAACCCAUUGGACCUGCGCAAUUUGAGGAAGACCUCACUCACCUGGAGGCCACGCAGUUUCUAACAAAGCAAGAAGAAGUCCACUUACAAAAAGAGUACACAGUGCAUGAAGUGACGGAACAAGAGGUAACAGAAAUCAGUGUUAAGAAGAAGGAGAAACCUUUCAGUGUCAUAGAAAAGCAAAAACGUCCAAAAGAGGAUAUGCCUGAAGAAGAGCAACUUCCAGAAUUCAUCGGCAAGGUUCUAAAGCCCGUACCUCGCUAUGCAAGGCCUGUCCAAGAGGAGAAAACCGAAGAUGAAUUAACUCUAAAAAUACCUAAAAAGCAAGAGCCUGAAAAGGACACUGAGCAUUUCCCUGCAGAAGAGGGGGUUCCAGAGUUUGUGAGGAAAGUGUUAAAACCGACACCCCGCCCUCGCAUUCAAGAAGAAAAAACCAAAGAAGAACCUGGAAUUCCGCAGGAAGAAGUACCAGACUAUGACACCAGCAAGAGACCAGAAGAAAUAACCAAAGAUGUAUACAGAAAACCAAUUCCCCAGGAAAUAAAGGAGCCUUUUGUAAAAGUAGGCGAUAGUACGAUUCGGGAUGUGCCCUCAGAAGAAGAGCUUCCGGAAUUCGUUAAAAAGGUUUUGAAACCAAUACCACGUCCUCAGAGGCCUGUUCAAAAAGACAAGGUAGAAGAAGAUAUUAGAGAGGACAUACCCCAACGUGUUCCUGAAUAUUAUGAACCAACAAAACGUGAAGAAAUACCACAAUAUAUUCCGAAAAGAGAUAAACCGCAAGAAACAAUAAAGCCGCCAACAAAAGAAGACAGUGUCACUCAAGCUAUGCCUCCAGAGGAGGAAAUUCCUGAGUUUGUUAGAAAAGUAUUGAAGCCCAUUCCUCGAGUUUCAAGGUCCCUUGAAGAGGAAAAAGCUGACGAGGUAGUUGAAGAUGAUACAAGAAUAAAACCUCAAGAAAAACCAGAGGAUGUUUCCGAGAAGCCAACAUUCCAAAAAACCUUUCAGCCUUUCGUGCCUAUCGAAUCUAAGCCAGCAGAGGAGGAACCUCCAGAAUUUAUUACGAAACUUUUGAAACCCACACCUCGCUACCAGAGACCUGUUCAAGAAGUGAAAGAGGAGACUACGCCAGACGAAGAACAACCUGAAUACGUUGCAGAAAAGAUACCCCAAGUAUUACACGACGAUCUUAGAAAGCAACCUGAAACCGAAGAAAAACGGAAGCCUUUCAUGCCCAAAGAGGGUAUAUCGGUUGAAGAGGUGCCUGCAAAAACAAAAAUUUCCAAGGCUCCUACAGUGGAGGAGCCUCAAAUUCCCGAAUUUUUAACAAAAACCUUAAAGCCUACAACCAAGUUCCAGACAAAGAAAAUAAUUGAAACUGUUGAAGUUACUGAGCUUCGGAAAAUAACUGUUCGGUCUGCGGAAACAAAAUUACUGCCACAGGAAGAUAUCCCUCGGGAACAAACAGUUACGUUAGAACUCAUGAAACCAAAAGUAGUAGAGAGGCUAGCCGAGAGUCAUGAAAUUAAAGAAAGAGAGAUUCUAGACACAGUGAAAGACAAAACAGAAACUGAAUAUAAAACAGAAGAUAUUCGCGAGGAAACUGAAACCCUUGAACUCAAAAGGUUGCCGAAGCCCAAGAGACCUAAGAAAAAGGCAAAGCCUACUGAAGAAGAAUCUCCUUCCGAGGAGAUCACAGAAUCGGUUGUGGAUCUGGAAUCCAGGGCGCGCCCCAAAGAGCCACUCGAAGAGAAGCCUAAAAAGGUUACCAUCGACGAUGUCACUAUUUGGAAGCAGAAAGAAGAACCUCGAGAAAUUACCACCGAAGCAGCCGAAAUUCCAGACAUUGUUGAUGUGAAAACUCGGAAGACAACUGAGAUAACCACAGAUACUCGGGAAAGGCCAAAGGAGAUUACGGAGCUGGAAUAUGAGACAGAAGAACUUCGUGAAGAAACUGGAACUGUGGAGCUCAAACAGAUGCCAAAGCCAAAGAAGCCAAAGAAAAAAAUAAAACUGACCGGCGAAGAAUCACUUCUCGAAGAAUUUACGGAGCAGGACGUGGAUUUAGAAUCCCGGGCACGCCCCAAAAAGCCACUCAAAGAGAAGCCCAAAGAGGUUGUCAUCGCAGAUGUGGCUAUUCGAAAAGAUAAAGAAAAGCCUCGAGAAAUUACCACCGAAUCAACUGAAGUUCCAGAUGUUGUUGAGGUGAAAACUAAGAAGACAACAGAAAUAACCACAGAUGCUCGGGAACGGAAAAAAGAGAUUACGGAGCUGGAAUAUGAAACACAAGAACUUCGUGAAGAAACCGAAACACUGGAGCUCAAACGGAUACCAAGGCCAAAGAAGCCCAGGAAAACGACGACUGAAAAAGAAUCUCCUGUUGAAGAGGUAGCAGAGCAGGUCAAAUAUCUGGAAUCUCUGGUGCGCCCAAAAGAACCAGUCGAAGAGGAGCCUCGAGAUGAUGAGAAACCCACGGAAGUUGUUACUAUAGAAGAAGUCACAAUUCAAAAAGAAAAAGAAAAACCUCGCAAGGUUGACGUUCAGGCAACAGAAGUUCCUGAUAUCGUCGAUGUGACAACUCUUAAGACAGCAGAGAUAACAACAGAGGCUCGAGAAACACCGAAAGAUAUAGUUGAACUUCAGUAUGAGACUGAAGAACUUUGUGAAGAAACACAAACUGUGGAUCUGAAACCUAUACCGAAGCCAAAGAAACCUAAAAAGAAGGAAAAGCCAGUUGAAGAUGAGACUCCUCUUGCAGAAGAAGUGAGUGACCAGUCUGUAGAACUCGAAUCAAGGUCCCGUCAUAAGGAGACGCCAGAGGAGUAUGAGAAAACCACAAUUAAAUUUGAGAUUCUUAAAAAGAAGAAAGAACCCCAUGAGAUCACAGUAGAAGCAACAGAAACACCAGACAUUACUGAUAUCACCACUCGGAAAACUCGAGACAUUAUCAUUGAAACAAGAGAGACUCCACUUGAAGUAACAGAGGUGGAGUACACAACCGAAGAUAUCAAACAGGAGACAAAAACUGUCGAGCUCAAAGAGGUUCUGAAACCAAAGAAACCAAAGAGAAAAUCCAAACCGAAGGAAGAAGUGCCGCAAGAGGAAGAGGCGGUUGAGCAAGUGGUUGAGUUGGAAUCUCGUGCUGUUCCAAAGGAAGAAAUACCUGAAGAAGACAAGCUUCAAAAGGAGGAAGAGGUAUCAAUUGAAGAAAUUGUCAUUGAGAAGAAGAAAAAGCCACGCAAAAUAACAACCGAAGCUGUCGAAGUGCCUGAUAUUGGAGAUGUCACUACGACAGAAACUCGGGAAGUUAUCUUAGAGAGUAAAGAAAUGCCACGUGAUGUGACUGUAGUGGAAUAUAUAACUGAAGAUACUCAUGAAGAGACGGAGACCUUGGAGUUGAUGCAGGCACCUAAAGCAAAGAAACCCAAAAAGAAGACAAAAGUGGAAGAAGAAUCUCCUCUUAUAGAAGAGGUUACCGAGCAAACGGUGCAGCUUGAGUCUCGUGGUCGACCAAAAGAAAUGCCUCAGGAGUUUGAGGAAAUUAAAGUGGAGGAAAUCACACUUCUUACAAAAGAAGAGACUCCUCGAGUUAUCACCGUAGAAUCAACAGAGACACCUGAUAUCACUGAUAUCACUACUCGGGAAACUCGAGACAUUACAAUUGAAACAAGAGAAACUCCACUUGAAGUAACAGAGGUGGAGUACAUAACACAAGAUAUCAGAGAAGAGACAGAAACUGUUGAGCUCAAAGAGGUUUUGAAACCAAAGAAACCAAAGAAAAAAACCAAACCGAAGGAAGAAGUGCCGCGAGAGGAAGAGGCGGUUGAGCAAGUGGUUGGGUUAGAAUCUCGUGCCGUUCCAAAGGAAGAAAUACCUGAAGAAGAGAAGCCUCAAAAGGUGGAAAAGAUGUCAAUUGAAGAAACUGUCAUUGAGAAAAAGAAAAAGAAGCCACGCAAGAUAACAACCGAAGCUACUGAAGUUCCUGAUAUCGGAGAUGUCACCACGACUGAAACUCGGGAAGUUAUCCUAGAGAGUAAAGAAAUGCCUCGUGAUGUGACUGUAGUCGAAUAUAUAACUGAAGAUACUCAUGAAGAGACCAAAACAUUGGAGUUGAUGCAGGCACCUAAAGCGAAGAAACCAAAAAAGAAGACCAAAGUGGAAGAAGAAUCUCCUCUUAUAGAAGAGGUUACCGAGCAAACGGUGCAGCUUGAGUCUCGUGGUCGACCAAAAGAAAUGCCUCAGGAGUCUGAGGAAAUUAAAGUGGAGGAAAUCACACUUCUUACAAAAGAAGAGACUCCUCGAGAGAUCAUUGUAGAAUCAACAGAGACACCAGAUAUUACAGAUAUCACUACUCGGAAAACUCGAGACAUUAUCAUUGAAACAAGAGAAACUCCACUUGAAGUAACAGAGGUGGAAUACACAACAGAAGAUAUCAGAGAAGAGACAGAAACUGUCGAGCUCAAAGAGGUUUUGAAACCAAAGAAACCAAAGAAAAAAACCAAACCGAAGGAAGAAGUGCCGCAAGAGGAAGAGGUGGUUGAGCAAGUGGUUGAGUUGGAAUCUCGUGCUGUUCCAAAGGAAGAAAUACCUGAAGAAGACAAGCUUCAAAAGGAGGAAGAGGUAUCAAUUGAAGAAAUUGUCAUUGAGAAGAAGAAAAAGCCACGCAAAAUAACAACCGAAGCUGUCGAAGUGCCUGAUAUUGGAGAUAUCACCACGACUGAAACUCGGAAAGUUAUUUUAGAAAGCAAAGAAAUGCCACGUGAUGUGGCGGUAGUGGAAUACAUAACUGAAGAUACUCAUGAAGAGACAGAAACCCUGGAGUUGAUGCCGGCACCUAAAGCUAAGAAACCAAAAAAGAAGACAAAAGUGGAAGAAGAGGUUCCUAUUGCUGAAGAGGUUAUCGAGCAAACGGUAGAGCUUGAGUCUCGUGGUCGACCAAAAGAAAUGCCUCACGAGCUUAAGGAAAUUACACUGGAGGAAAUCACACUUCUUAAAAAAGAAGAGAUUCCUCGGGAAAUCACCGUAGAAUCAACAGAGACACCGGAUAUUGCUGAUAUCACCACUCGGGAAACUCGAGACGUUAUAAUGGAAACAAGAGAAACUCCACUUGAGGUGACAGAGGUGGAGUACAGAACAGAAGACAUCAGAGAAGAGACAGAAACUGUCGAGCUCAAAGAGGUUUCGAAACCAAAGAAACCAAGGAAAAAAACCAAACCGAAGGAAGAAGUGCCGCAAGAGGAAGAGGCGGUUGAGCAAGUGGUUGACUUGGAAUCUCGCGCUGUUCCAAAGGAAGAAAUACCUGAAGAGAAGCCUCAAAAGACGGAAGAGGUAUCGAUUGAAGAAAUUACCAUUGAGAAGAAGAAAAAGAAGCCACGCAAGAUAACAACCGAAGCUGUCGAAGUACCUGAUAUUGGAGAUGUCACCACAACUGAAACUCGGGAAGUUAUCUUAGAAAGCAAAGAAAUGCCACGUGAUGUGGCGGUAGUGGAAUACAUAACUGAAGAUACUCAUGAAGAGACAGAAAUACUGGAGUUGGUUCAGGCACCUAAAGCAAAAAAACCAAAAAAGAAGACCAAAGUGGAAGAAGAAUCUCCUCUUAUAGAAGAGGUUACCGAGCAAACGGUGCAGCUUGAGUCUCGUGGUCGACCAAAAGAAAUGCCUCAGGAGUUUGAGGGAAUUAAAGUGGAGGAAAUCACACUUCUUACAAAAGAAGAGACUCCUCGAGAAAUAACUGUAGAAUCAACAGAGACACCUGAUAUUACUGAUAUCACUACUCGGGAAACUCGAGACAUUAUCAUUGAAACAAGAGAAACUCCACUUGAAGUAACAGAGGUGGAGUACAUAACCCAAGAUAUCAGAGAAGAGACAGAAACUGUCGAGCUCAAAGAGGCUUUGAAACCAAAGAAACCAAAGAAAAAAACCAAACCGAAGGAAGAAGUGCCGCAAGAAGAAGAGACGGUUGAGCAAGUGGUUGAGUUGGAAUCUCGUGGUGUUCCAAAGGAAGAAAUACCUGAAGAAGACAAGCUUCAAAAGGAGGAAGAGGUAUCAAUUGAAGAAAUUGUCAUUGAGAAGAAGAAAAAGCCACGCAAAAUAACAACCGAAGCUGUCGAAGUGCCUGAUAUUGGAGAUAUCACCACGACUGAAACUCGGAAAGUUAUUUUAGAAAGCAAAGAAAUGCCACGUGAUGUGGCGGUAGUGGAAUACAUAACUGAAGAUACUCAUGAAGAGACAGAAACCCUGGAGUUGAUGCAGGCACCUAAAGCUAAGAAACCAAAAAAGAAGACAAAAGUGGAAGAAGAGGCUCCUCUUAUUGAAGAGGUUACCGAGCAAACGGUGGAAAUGGAAUCUCUUGUUCGGCUAAAGAAGAAACCGGAAGAAACAACAGAAAUCAUUGUUGAAGAGCAAACCACCCUUAAGGAAGAAAUACCUCGCGAAAUUACUCUAGAGUCAACAGAAAUGCCUCAAAUAACUGACAUAACUACUAGAGAUAUUCAUGAUAUUGUCAUAGAUGCUAGGGAAAUACCUCACGAAAUAACGGAAGUCGAAUACAAGACAGACAUAGUUGAAGAAACUGAAAUGGAGCUCCAACGACCGCUGAAACUAAAAACGCCUAAAAAGAAAACAAAACGAAAGGAAGAGGAGAGUGUUGUAGAGCUAACCAAGGAAGUUGUAAUUACAAGGACAAAAACAGAGCGACAUGAGCACAAGCCUGAGUAUUCUGAGGUUACGGAAGCGCUUGUUUUAGAAGAAUUUAUUCCAGAAGAAAUUGCCCAAUCCACACAAGCGAAGAUAAACGUCGUUCCACGUCACUCAGUGGUUAUUCAAGAAGUGGAGACUAAACUCAGCACGGACGAGCUAGAAGUGGAAAAAAUGCCCAAUUUAGAAAUACCAGUGACAACAGUCUCAGAAAGUCAAGCUAUCACAGUUGAAGAAGCUGUUCCUGCUGAAAUGCCAAAGGAUGUAUUGGCCGUUGAGCAUGUUACAAGCGCAGCUUCUCGACAAUUAAUUAUGGAGGACAAACCACUGGUUGUCGAAGAAGUGACUAGCGAACAGUAUGCCCCCGAACAUCUUCCGCAAAAACAACUCAAAGACGAACAUGCCAAAACAAUCUUUGAACCUCAGCAAUCUCUGGAGAUUAUAGAAGCAUCAGCUGAAUACCAGCCCGUGGAAUUAGAACAACUGCAAACUCAUGUGCGCGAGACAACGUUAGGAUUUUUGAGAGAUCAACCCAUAGCGCAAGGGGAAGCUAAAAGCGAAGAAAUGGCGCCAGAGUUCCUUUCGACCCCACACCAGAUAGCGAGGGGAGACGUUCAGCUCACACCCCAACAGCAACUUGAAGUCUUAGAAGUGGUGCCAGGAUUGACUAGUCAGGAGCUUCCCUUGAAACCUUCAGAAGAGAGAAAAGGCACCGUAACUCAUGUCGAAGAGACUCGCGAAAUAUCUAUGACAGCGGAGGAGCUUUCUACACAUUUCUCACCAGAUACCUUUCAGAAAACAAGGAUUACUGGUAGAAUCACCGAAACCACUAGAAGCAUCCCAUUUUCUGAGGAACAAGUGCUUAGUUUCGAAACUGGCGCUCCUGUCGAAACAAAAGCUCAAACGAGUAUUACUGAAGCUCCAAGAGGGGUGCCAGACGUUCAAGAAUUAACUUCGGAGUUCAUCACACCUCAACCUGAAGCAUCGCAGGUGUCUGUAUCAGAUGUCGAGUUUAUAAGAAAAGUAACAACUAGCCAAGAAAUUACCAGCGAAUUCGAAAUAUCUAAGCCAGAAGCGAUGAAAUUAAGGGUUCAGUUUACUGAACUGACACAAAAUGUACCUGAAGUUCAAGAACAAGUUUCAGAGUUUAUGCCCGAGGCGGGUGAAUCGCUUAAGCCGAAGUCUCUAAGUAUAGGAGAAGCAAAGUCCCUUGCAGGUGCACUAGAAAUAGCACCAGAGUUUGUCGAGGAGACGCCGAAGGAAAAGACGACCAUAAAGGAGUCUGUUGAUUCAAGAAAAGAGUCUCUUCUUAUUCAUGAAGCACAGACGGAAGAACAAACGCAAGAGGCAAAACUCCCGACUAUCCCAGAACAGAAGAAGGCCCUCGCUUCUCAAGUCUUGCCUUCCGAGAACCUCUCCAUUCAGGUGUCACAAGUGACACCAGGCGAUGAGACGAGUGACUUACAAGCUACUGAGCUACCUUCAGGAAAACACCUCAAAGAUUCCAUCGUGGAAGGACUGCCUAUGAUUCAUGAGGUGGCCACUGUGCUUGAAACGGCUGCCGAACUUGAAGAUGCCCCAGAUAUGACGAAACAUGCAAAACCAGUGCUGGAACAACAGCAAGGCCUUCUUGUAGAAGACGUUGUGCCAGGAACUUCUACACUAGACGUCAUGCCUACGGUCAUGCCACAGCAAAGACAAGCGGUGUCCCAAAUUCAACCACUUACUCCAUUGCAUGUUGAAGAAACUAGCGUGAAUCUGACAACGAGAACGUUAGACACCCCCACCGCCUCUGAAGCCACGGCAAAAAUAGACAUGACGGCAUCAUGGGGAGUUGAAGUAAUAGAGGCGACGCCGGUAUUGACUGAACAAGAACUCAAAACGGAAGCUCUUCAGGGCCAAGUGAUGCCGACCACCUCUAUUUCAACAAUUGAAGCUCUCGCCAUUUCAACUGUAGAAACCGCUCUAAAAGAAGCCCAACUUGCUCAACCCAAAUUUCCAGGAACCUUAAUUGCUCCAUACUCACUUUCAACUGUGGAUUCUGUGGAAGUAGUGGAAACGGAGGCCUUAACAAAAGAAACUGAACUGCAACUCGGCAAGAUACACACCACGGAAUGCAUCACCUCAUCAACGGCACCAGAGCGGCCUCUUGUUAUCUCUGAAGUUGCUUUGCUGACACGGGAGGACGUACUUAUUUCCGAGAAAGUACCGCCAGAAGUAACUGUUCAGUCGAAGAUUAUCAUGCACGAAUACCUUACGGUUUCUGAAAUGCCCGCUCUUUUUAGAGAAAGUCAGCUUCCUCCAGAGGAAGUGCUAAGUGAAACUCAAGCGCCAUUUAGUAUGCCUGCUGAGGAACACAUGAGCAUUCUUGACAUGCCUGUUUUUAUGAAAGAGGACGAGCUUACGAUCGAAAAACAUCCGCAGAGUACAAGUGCUCCAGUUACUGUGGAAACACAGCAACACAUAACCGUGGCUGAGGCUCCCAACUUCGAUAUGGAAGAAAACUUGAUACAGGAGAAAGCACCCCGGGAGCUUACGGCUGUAUCUACUUUUCCAUCGGAUCAUUCACUAGUGAUAUCCGAAAUAUCUUUAUUAAGCAAAGAAGGUGAUCUGGAAACCGAGAUGUUGCCUAAUCAAGUGGUUCUUUCUUUUAAAAUGCCGACGGAAGAAUCUGUGAAUAUUUCUGAAAAUAUUGUACUUGGGAAGGAAGAAGAACUAAAAAGUGAUCUCUUACCAAAGGAAAUUAGUGCUAAAUGUAUUGUACCUGCAGACGAAGGUAUAUCAGUUCUAGAUGUUCCAACUUUUACAAAAGAACGUGAUCUCGCAAUAAAAAAGCCACAAGAAGCUUUAGCAGAUAUAUCCCUACCAACCGAGGAAUCUGUUAGUGUCGUGCAGCAAGAUAUUUGGACAAAGGAAACAUCCUACCUUCCAGAAAAACAACCAGAAGGCGUCCUGGCGAAAAUCGAUGUACCAUCACUUGAAUCAUUAUCGAUCACCGAUACACCACUAUUACAUAAAGAAGGUCAGCUUGAUACAACUAAAUUACCAAGUGAAAUUACAGCACCUUUCACACUAAUAUGCAAGCAACACGUUUUAAUAUCUGAGACAACCUCGGACGAGAAAGAGGGAGAGUACUUUCCACAAAAACCAUCUGGCGAAGUUAAAGCUCCAUUCACCCUCCCCACAGAAGAACACCUUACAAUAGAAGAGGUCUUACCCGAGGCAAAAGAAACUGAAUUAUUAGAAAGAAUGCAACCAUCCGCAAAACAAGCCGUGUCAAGUUUAAAAACUGCAGAAUCUGUUGAAAUAACACAGCAGCUGUCUUGGAAUAAAGAAGAAACGCUUUCAAAAGAAGCUACUCCUACAGCAGUAACAGCUCCAACUAUCCUACCAACUCAACAGCAUGUUAUCGUAUCCGAACUCUCAUCUAUGGAUAGAGAAGAAGAGUUUCAAUCCAGGAAAUUACCUGGGGAAGUUACAGCACCAUUUUCAGUACCAUUUGAAGAGUCUGUGACUGUUGAAGAAAUGCAGAUCCUUACAAAAGAGACUGAACUUAAGAUCAAGGACUUACCUGAGAAAAUCACUGCACCAUUUACCAUACCAACAGAGCAGCAUGUUGUGAUCUCUGAGCUUUCUAGCCUUGACAGAGAGGAAGCAUUUCCUUCAAGCAAACUUCCAAGUGAAAUGACGGCACCAUUCUCGUUGCCAGUUGAAGAGCCUUUAUCUGUUGAAGAAAUACAAGUUCUGACCAAAGAAUCUGAACUUAAACAUAGAGACUUGCCAACAGAAGUCACCGCACCAUAUACUUUACCAACACAACAGCAUGUUAUAGUGUCUGAGAUUCAAUCCGUUCACAAAGAGGAUGAGCUCCAGCCCAGCACAGCUCCAGGUGGAGUGAUUGCACCUUUCUCAGUGUCACUAGAAGACUCUGUCACUAUUCAAGAAGUUCAAACAUUGAUAAAGGAAUCUAAAUUGAAGAUUACUGACUUGCCUGCAGAAGUAACUGCACCAUUUACCAUACCAACGCACCAACAUGUUGUCGUAUCUGACCUGUCUUUCCUUGAUAGUGAGGUGGAGCUUCAGCCGUGUAAAGCUCAGGAUGAAGAGAAAGCAUUAUUUACAAUACCAUUCGAAGAGUCUGUGACUGUUGAGGAAACCCACUUGCUUCUUAAGGAAUCAGAACUCAAAGCCAAAACCUUGCCUACCAAAAUUACUGCACCAUUUACAAUACCAACUGAACGCCAUGUUAUGGUAUCUGGCCUUUCUACUCUAGAUAAAGAAGAACCAUUUCAACAUAAAAAAGCUCCUUCUGAAGUGACGGCACCUUUCUCGGUACCACUUGAGGAAUCCGUUAUUGUCGAAGAAACUCAGACGUUAACUAAGGAAUCUGAACUGACAGUCAAGGACUUGCCAGCACAAGUCACUGCACCCUUCACACUGGGAACACAACACUAUGUUGUUGUAUCUGAACUUUCUUCACUAGACAAAGAGAAAGAGUUUCAGACUGGCGGAGCUCCUGGUGAAGUGACAGCACCAUUUACUGUACCGCUUGAGGAUUCCAUAACUGUACAAGAAACUCAUACCUUAUCCAAGGAAUCUGAACUCAAAAUCAAGGACUUACCAAUUGAAACUACUGCGCCAUUUACUGUCCCAACAGAGCAACAUGUCGUUGUGUCCGAGCUGUCGUCCUUGGACAAAGAAGAAGAAUUUCAACCUCAUAAAAAGCCUGACGAAGUAACUGCACCUUACUCUAUUCCAUUCGACGAGUCCAUAACCAUAGAGGAAACUCAGCUUCUAACAAAAGAAUCAGAGCUUAAAGAAAAGGACACGCCUGCAGAAUUUACUGCAUUAUUCAGUAUACCAACAGAACAACAUGUUUUGGUGUCGGCGUUCCCCUCACUUGAUAAAGAGAAAGAAUAUCACCCUAAAAAACUCCCUGACGGAGUGACUGCACCAUUUACUGUAUCACUUGAAGAGUCAGUUACUGUUGAAGAAGCUCAGAUCUUAACCAAAGAAGACGUACUGAAGGUCAAGGAGUUACCAACAGAAAACAAUGCGUCAUUUACCAUACCAACAGAGAAACAUGUUAUUGUGUCUGAACGUUCGUUCUUGGAUAAAGAGAAGGAGUUUCAGCCUGGUAAAGUUCCCGCUCAGGUGACUGCACCCUAUUCAUUUUCACUUGAAGAACCUUUAACUGUAGAAGAAACCCAAAGUUUAACAAAAGAAUCAGAACUUAUACCCCAAGAUAUGCCUACAGAACUGACUGCACCGAUGACGCUACCAACAGAGCAGCAUAUUGUUGUGUCAGAACUAGCCUUUUUAGAUAAAGAAGAUGACUUCCAACCUGGAAAAAUUCCAGAUGAAGUCACUGCACCUUUCACAGUGCCACUUAAAGAGUCUUUAACUGUUGAAGAAGUGCACAUUCUAACAAAAGAGUCUGAAUUGAAAGUCAAAGAGUUGCCUGCAGAAAUAACGGCUCCAUUUACAAUUCCUACAAAGAAACAUGUCAUGGUGUCUGAGCUUCCAUCUUUAGACAAAGAGGAAGCAUUUUUACCGGGUAAGCUUCCCGGCCAAAUAACGGCACCAUACUCAGUUUUACUUAAAGAGUCUGUAGGUGUUGAAGAAACUCACAGUUUGACUAAGGAAGCAGAACUGACGGUUGAAGGAUUACCAUUAGAAGUAACUGCACCAUGUGCUAUUCCAACCGAGCAGCAUAUCGUAAUAUCUGAACUUUCCUUCUUUGACAAAGAAGAAGUCUUACAACCUAAAAAGAUUCCAGGAGGAGUAACUGCACCCUAUUCAGUGCCACUUGAAGAGUCUGUAUCCAUAGAAGAAGUCCACAGCCUAACAAAAGAGUCUGAACUAAAAGCCAACGACUUGCCUACAGAAAUAACUGCUCCAUUCACAAUUCCCACAGAGAAACAUAUUGUGGUGUCGGAGCUUCCAUCUUUAGACAAAGAGAAAGAAAUUGUAUCAGAAAGACUUCCCGGUCAAAUCACGGCGCCAUACUCAGUUGUACUCAAAGAAUCUUUAGGUGUUGAAGAAACUCACAGUUUGACCAAGGAAUCAGAACUAACGGUUGAAUGUUUACCAACAGAAGUAACGGCACCGUUUGUUAUACCAACCGAGAAACAUGUUGUGAUAUCCGAGCUUUCCUGUCUUGACAAAGAGGAAAUAUUACAGCCUGAAAAGAGUCCAAAUGAAAUGAGUGCACCAUUCUCAGUGCCACUUGAAGAGUCUGUAACCGUAGAAGAAGUGCAUACUUUAACCAAAGAGUCUGAACUGAAAGCCAAAGACGUGCCUACAGAAAUAAAUGCUCCAUUCACAGUUCCCACAGAAAAACACAUUAUAGUGUCUGAGCUUCCGUCAUUAGACAAAGAGGAAGAAUUUGUACCAGGAAGACUUCCCGGUGAAAUUACGGCACCAUGCUCAGUUUUACUUGAAGAGUCUCUACGUGUUGAAGAAACUCACAGUUUGACCAAGGAAGCAGAAUUGGCAGUCGAAGGUUCACCAUCAGAAGUAACUGCACCCUUUAUUAUACCAACCGAACAGCAUGUCGUGAUAUCCGAGUUUUCCUCUCUUGACAAAGAGAACAUUUUUCUGCCUGAAAAAUUUCCAGACGAAGUAACCGCACCCUUCUCAAUGCCACUUGACGAAUCAUUAACUGUUGAAGAAACUCAAAUUUUAACAAAGGAAACUGAUCUUAAAUUGAAAGACUUGCCAGCAGAGAUCACUGCACCAUUUACUUUCUCUACUGAGCACCACAUUCACGUUUCCUCUUUUUCAUCUUUAGACAAAGAGGAUGAAUUUGUUCCUGGUAAGAUUCCAGGUGAAGUAACUGCACCCUUCUCAAUACCACUCAAAGAGUCAGUAACUGUUGCACAAACUGAUGUCUUAAUGAAGGAAUCAGAAUUGGCACUUAUAGAUAUGCCAACAAAGUUAACAGCACCUUUUACGGUUUCAACAGAACAGCACAUGGUAGUGUCAGAAUUUUCAUCGCUAGACAAAGAAGACAACCUCCAGCAUGACAAAACCCCAGGUGAAGUGACUGCACCUUUCUCAGUACCAUUAGAAGAACCUAUAACUGUUGAAGAAAUACAAACUUUAACAAAAGAGUCAGAACUGAAAAUAACAGACUUACCAACUGAGAUCAAUGUACAAUUUACAGUACCAACAGAGAAACAUCUAGUAGUGUCUGAACUUUCGUUCCUCAACAAAGAAGAAGCGAUUUUGCCUUAUAAAAUGCCUGGUGAAGUUACAGCACCUUACUCAGUGUCACUUGAAGAAUCUCUUACUGUGGAAGAAGCUAAUACUUUUACAAAAGAAUCGGACCUACCAACCAAAAGCUUACCGGCGACAGUAAAAGCGCCAUUUACCGUACCGACAGAGGAGCACAUUGUGAUAUCAGAGCUUUCGUCAUUAGAUAAAGAGGAAUCUUUUCAACCUAGCACGGUUCCAGAUAAAGUGUCUGCACCCUUUUCAGUUCCACUUGAAGAAUCUGUAACUGUUGAAGAAGCGCAAGUGCUAACAAGAGAGUCGGAGCUUAUGCCAAAGGAUUUGCCAGAAGAGGUCACUGCAGAGUUCAGUAUGCCGACGCAACAGCACGUUGCGGUCUCUGAAUAUUCUUCUCUGCAAAAAGAGGAAGACUUUUUGUCGGGAAAACUCCCCGACGAACAAUCGGCACCAUACUCAAUGCGUCUUGAGGAGUCUAUAACUGUUGAACAGACACAUUUUCUCACAAAGGAAUCUGAACUACAUGUUAGAGCCAUGCCCACAGAACUUACAGCACCAUUCACUAUAUCCACACAGAAGCACGUCGUAGUGUCUGAGCUUUCUUCUCUGGAGAAAGAGGAAGAGUUUCUGACUGGCAAACUUCCUCGUGAAAUUACCGCACCUUGUUCAUUUCCACUUGAAGAGUCUUUGAACAUUGAGGAAACACGCAGUCUUACAAAAGAAUCUGAUUUACAGCUAAAAGACUUCCCUUCCGAGGUUAGUGCACCAUUUACCAUGCCAACUGAGCAACAUGUAGUGGUAUCUCAUGUUUCCACUCUAGAGAACGAGGAAGAGUUCCAAUCGGAUAAACUUCCGAUUGAAGUAACCGCUCCAUGUUCAGUCUCACUUGAAGAGUCUGUAACAGUCCAGGAAGCACAGUCCUUUUUAAAAGAAAUUCAAUUUCAGACGAAAGACAGGCCUACAGAGGUUACAGCACAAUUUACUAUACCAACAGAACAACAUGUUUUAAUAUCACAACUUCGUUGCUUAGAUAAAGAGGAAGAUCUUCAUCCUGAUAAAGUUCCUAGUGAGAUUACAGCACCUUAUUCUGUUUCACUUGAAGAGUCAGUCACCAUUGAAGAGAUGCGCAUUCUUUCAAAAGAGUCUGAUUUGGAAGCCAAAGAUAAGCCUACAGAGGUUACUGCGCCAUUCACUAUACCAACAGAGCAGCAUAUCUUGGUAUCCGAACUUCCCUCCCUUCAAAAAGAGGAAGAGCUUCAACCGGAUAAACUUCCCUUAAAAGUGACUGCACCCUACUCUCUCUCACUUGAAGAGUCUUUAACAAUUGAGGAAACGCACUCCUUGACUAAAGAAUCGCAAUUUAAACCAGAAGACUUACCAGCCUACAUAAGUGCAAGUUUCAGCCUUACUCCACAAGAACCAAUUACUGUUCUUGAAUUUCAUGUGGAACAAUCGGCCGAUGAGUUUUAUAAUGAAAUUACAACAGAGCGAGUAGAGGAAAUUAAAACAAGAGAUUUUUCUCCUAUUCUAGAUGAGAGGACCCAUGAAGUAUCUGUUCAAGAUACACUAACAGAAAGUGCUGUUGAUACAAAAGAUUAUAUACAAGAAGUAAAAAUCCGCAAGAAACCAAAAAGUAAAAAAGAUGACAGUGUAACAAUACAAGAAAUGACAGAAGAAGAUACUCAUCCAGAAGAUGCAUCAACAUGCGUUGUGGUUGAAGAAGAAAUAUUGGAUCAAUCAGAAAUUGGAAUUGAAAUCAAAAAGAAAACUAAAAAGAAAUCUGUGAGGUUUGAAGACAGUUCAGGAAUUCAAGAAGUAACAGAGGUAUUACACACAUUCUCAAGGACAACACCUGAAGCGACACCUUUCCUUAUUGAAGAUGUUACAGAAGAAUAUGCGCAUGCGCCGGAUCAAACGGAAAACGAAAAUGAGCAGCCAAUUGUAGAAGAGUUUGAGGAUGAAAAACCCUCCGAAAAAGUGAAAGAAAAGAAAAAGAGGAAACCUAUGAAAACGAAAGAGAUUCCCGAUACACUGGAGACUACUGAAAUUAUGCUUAAACCUAAAGCUGAUGAGCUGAAGGAACAAGAAGAAGAACUAAUUCAAGAAGAUAGAACUAUAGAAGAGACAACUGAUUUCACGAUAGAAAUGAAAAAGAAACCAAAAGAAAGUCAAGACAUUGAAAUCACCGUUAUGUCCACAGAGCUACCUCAAGUCGAUGUUAGCCAGACCGUCAAAAAGUCUAUUCAGGUGGAAAGCAUCGAAAUGCCUGUCAAGAUGGACGAGGAACAACCCGAAGAAAGACCAAAAGAGAAAAAGAAAAAGAAAAGGACUCUUUUGAAAGAAGAGAAACCAGACAUAACAAAGAUAGAGCUGAAGCCUAUUGAACAGAAGCUCGAAGAAAUAAUGGAAAAAGUGGACGUUGUGCAAGAAGUUCUAGAAGUUGAGGAAGUGACUGAUUUUGUCAUAGAAGUUAAAGGAAAACCAAAACCCAAAGAGGAAGUAGAGAUUUCAGUUACAUCAAAGGAAGUCCCCGAUUUCGAAGUUGAGCAGGUCAUUGAACAGCAAAUUGAGGUUGAAAGUAUUGAAAAACCAGAAGACAAGUUGGAAGAGAAGCCUGAAGAAAAGCCAAAAGAAAAGAAGAAGAAAAAGAAACCACUUAAGAAAGAGGAAGAGAAACCAGACAUGGCGGAGAUAGAGCUGAAGCCUACAGAACAGAAGCUCGAAGAAAUAAUAGAAAAAGUGGACGUUGUGGAAGAAAUUCUGGAAGAAGUUGAGGAAGUGACCGAUUUUGUCAUUGAAGUUAAAGAAACCAAAACCCAAAGAGGAAGUAGAGAUUUCAGUUACAUCAAAGGAAGUCCCCGGUUUCGAAGUUGAGCAGGUCAUUGAACAGCAAAUUGAGGUUGAAAGUAUUGAAAAACCAGAAGACAAGUUGGAACAGAAGCCUGAAGAAAAGCCAAAAGAAAAGAAGAAGAAAAAGAAACCACUUAAGAAAGAAGAUGACAAACCAGAUAUGGCUGAGAUAGAGCUGAAGCCUACAGAACAGAAGCUUGAAGAAAUAAUAGAAAAAGUGGACGUUGUGGAAGAAGUUCUGGAAGAAGUUCAGGAAAUCACUGAUUUUGUCAUAGAAGUUAAAGGAAGACCAAAGCCCAAAGAGGAAGUUGAGAUUUCAGUUACAUCAAAGGAAGUCCCCGAUUUCGAAGUUGAGCAGGUCAUUGAGCAGCAAAUUGAGGUUGAAAGUAUUGAAAAACCAGAAGACA